UCACUAUCCCCAUCCCCACUCCCAUUCCUGCUCCUACUCACGUAUUCCCUGUCCCAGGCCCAGUCCCAGAUUGUUGGUCCCACUCCUAAUCCCUGUCCUCAUUCCCGGUCUCAUUCCAAGUCCCUUUCUCGUAUUUUGAAUCCCUCUCCCGGUCCUGGUCCCGUUCUCGGCCCCUGUCCCUAUUCCUAGUCCUGUCCCCAUUCUCUGUCCCACUCCCAGUCCCGGUCCCCAUACCCGAUCGUGUCCCGCAUUCCCGGUGCCAGAGCCCAUUCGCGCUCCCAUUCCCGAUCCCUGUCCCCAUUGCUGCCACGAUUCCCAGUCCCCGUCCCCAAUUCCCGGUCGCAUUCGCAGUCGUUGGCCACAUUCCCGCCUCUAGUCCCGUAUUUCCGGUCCCAUUGUUGCUCUCGGUCCCGUACUACCGCCCUCUGUCCCGAUUCCCAGUCCCCAUUGCCAGUCCCUGCCACCAUUCCUGUCCCCAUUCCCGCUCCCCGUCCGCUCUCACCGGACGCCGCCGCCAUCGCUCCGGCCCUGCCCGGGCCCUCACCGGCCCGAAGAAACCCCGCGCCUCUCCCGCCCACCAAUCACAGCGCGCGAUGGCUCCUCGAUUUGCAUAACCACGCCAUCUGCCUUGGCCACGCCCAGCGCCGGCUGCAGCCGCCUCCGGGCGCUGUUUGCUCCCAGCUCCCUCCCAGUGCUCCCAGUAAGAGCCAGACUGGGAGGAAAAGCGCUCCCGACUCCUUCUCGCUUCUCUCAGGAUCGCUCCCGGUGCUCUCAGUAUCGCUCUCAGUGCCGCGCGUGGCGCAGUCCCUUUGGAAUUCUCCCCAGGGCACAGCGCGGCUGCUUUUGGAUGUCGACACCUCCCGCUCUAGGCUUGGGAAGGAGGAGGAGCGGGAGAGGAGGAGGAGGAGAAGAAAAGGGAGGAGCGGGAGGAAGAGGAGGAGAAUGAACAGCAUCGACAAAGGAGGCGGAAAAGGAAGAGGAGGAGCGGGAGGAGCGGGAGGACGAUCAGCAGCAGCAGCAAGAGCCCGCGGUUCCCUCGGCUGCCCCCUCAGGCCGCCGCUGCCCCGGCUCCCGCAGCAUCGCCGCCCCGGAACCCGCAGGAUUUCAGAUUCCCAGACCUUGGCGCGAUGAAGGAGGAGGGGGCCGCGAGGAAGAGGAAGAUGUCCCGGGAACCGCAGGCAGAAAAGGAGCUGAGCACGGAGCCCAGGAAGGACAAAUCCCCACAGCAGAACCUCAUGGAAGAGUCCGUUUUCAGGAACUCCACAGUGCAGGAAUCCAACAUGGAGGAAAAGCCUCGGAGAUCCCGCACAAGGAGGGGCUGCAAACGCAGAUCUCGAGCAUCUGAGGAGGAAAGAUCUACUCUGGGCCGCGGAGGUGGCCGGAGCUCGGAGCUGGAGGUCCCUGACAAGUCUCAGGAUGGGGAGAAGCCCCACAAGUGCUCAAAAUGUGGGAAGAGCUUCAGGCGGAGAUCCUACCUGGUCUGCCACAAGGUCAUCCACACUCUGGAGAUGCCCUUUGAGUGUGAUAAAUGUAGGAAGAGGUUUCAGACCAGCUCCAGUCUCCUCCAGCAUCGGCGGGUUCACACAGAUGAGAGGCCGUUUGUCUGCCCCGACUGCGGGAUGGGCUUCAAGCACAACUCUGUCCUCAUCACCCACCGGCGCAUCCACACCGGGGAGAGGCCCUACGAGUGUCCCGAGUGUGGGCAGAGCUUCACCCAGAGCUCCACCCUGACUGCCCACCGGAGGAGCCACACAGGGGAACGGCCCUAUGAGUGUUGGGAGUGUGGGAAGAGCUUCAGCCGGAGCUCCACCCUGAUUGCCCACCAGAGGAGACACACCGGGGAGGGUCUCUACGAGUGUGAGCAGUGUCAGAAGACCUUCAUCCGGAGCUCCAACCUGAUACGCCACCAGGCGAUCCACAAGGGGGAACGGCCCUACAAGUGUGGCAAGAGGGAACAGCUGUACGAGUGUGGGGAGUGUGGGAAGAGUUUUAUUCACAACUCCAAUCUGAUCCUUCACCAGAGAAUCCACACAGGGGAGAGGCCCUUCAAGUGUGGGGAGUGUGGGAAGAGCUUCAGCCAGAGCUCCCACUUUACUGUCCACCAGAGGAUCCACACCGGGGAGAGGCCCUACGAGUGUGACCAAUGCAAGAAGAGGUUUCCAACCAGCUCUGAUCUCCUCAAGCACCAGCGGAUUCACACGGAUGAGAGGCCCUUCCGCUGCCCCGACUGCAGGAAGGGCUUCAAGCGAAACUCCAACCUCGUCAGGCACCGGCGCACCCACACUGGGGAGAAGCCCUGUAAGUGUGAGCAUUGUGGGAAGAGCUUCUCCAGCAGCUCAACCUUGACCAAACACCAACGGAGCCAGCACUGAGGGAAGCCCUGCGAGUGCCCCAAGUGUGGGAAGAGCUUCAUGCGCUGCUCCAGCUCCAUCCCCCAUGGGAGGAUCCCCCCUGGAUGAUCCCCAGGGACCCCUGGUGGGCAGAGCCCUGGUGAUUCCUGGUGCUGGUGAUCUGUGUGGGGAAGACACCUGGAUGAGGGCUCUUCAUCCUCCUGGCUCCCAGUGACCUGGAUUCUCUUUUCAUUUCUCUUUGUCCUUUCAAAACACCCAAAUUCAAGGUAAAAAUAAAGAUGUUCAACAAA